AUGUAUCAACUGACAUUUCGCCUCGACAUUGAGAAAACUUUGAGGGCUCUUUACGUUGUCGGCACAGUGUUGAAAGUGAACCUGAUCAGGAGUGCCCCUCCCAGCUCCAAGUACUUCUCUGUGAAAUGCAGCCCCAGUGUGCAGUACUGGAUCACCCCACCCCCAGCGAAGAGUGGGCCAAUCCCCGCCCCUUUCAAUGGGAAUACAGUGCUUCUUAUCACCAUGGACACUGCCAGCGAAGUGGAAAAUGAUAGCAAGCUAUCAGUCAUGUAUUAUGGAAAGAAGACAGAGGUGUUGGGUAAAGCUGUCGUUCACCUCACCGCUGUUGAGAUCUCCCUGGAUGUUGAUGCUGAUCGUGAUGGCCAGGUGGAGAGGAACAACCCCAACAAGGGAUCCUGGAUGUGGGGGCCUAAUGGCCACGGUGCCAUCCUACUGGUCAACUGUGACUCAGAACACACCUAUCGGAAGAGGCUGGACAGUGAGUGUGCUGAGGUCACCAGAGUCUCAGAUCUUAAAGAAAUGUCCCCCAUGGUGCUGCGGACCAGUGGCCCUGCCAAACUCCCAGAAGGCUACAAGCUAACCAUGCACAUCUCCCAGGGUGAUGCAGAGUGUGUGAGGGUCUUUAGGACCAGUUCCACGGCAGGCAUGCACCAAACCCUGACAGAAAACCUGUUUUACAAGAGCUUUGUGAAGGACUACCCACUAGUGGUGGGCAGUGAGGAUCUGUCCAAGGAGGUACCUUACCUUGGGGGAAACACUGAGAUGAACUUUUACGUUGAGGGCCUGAGGUUCCCUGACAAAGACUUUGAGGGCCUAAUCAGCAUCUGCCUCAGCAUGCUGGAGCCGAGCUCUCAGGGCUUCCCUGAGACACCCAUCUUUACAGACAGGGUGAUGUUCCGAGUGGCUCCCUGGAUCAUGACACCCAACACACUCAACCCUGUGGAGGUCUUCGUCUGCAGCACAACUGAUAACGACCAGUUCUUAAAGAGAAUGAGGAGGCUGGUGGAGAACAGUGGGUACAAGCUGAAGGUUUGCCCUGAGGAUAUGAACAGAGGAGACCGCUGGAUGCAGGAUGAGAUUGAGUUCGGCUACAUUGACUCUCCUCACCAACGUUUCCCUGUUGUUCUGGACUCCCCCCGAAACGGAGCCCUACAGGACUUCCCUUAUGAUGUGCUACUGGGCCCAGACUUUGGCUAUGUGACGAGGACAGCAUAUGACAAGAAAGUGAGCAGCCUGGACUCGUUUGGUAACCUGGAGGUUAGCCCUCCAGUCACUGUAAAUGGAAUGAACUACCCUCUGGGUAGGAUCAUCAUUGGAGUGGCCUUCCCCACGGCGACUAAGGGCCGCAACAUGACCAAAGUAGUGCAAGACUUCCUGUGGGCUCAGAAAGUCCAGGAGCCCAUUGCACUGUUCUCUGAUUGGCUCACGGUUGGGCAUGUGGAUGAAUUCAUGACUUUCGUCCCAGCUCCGGACAAGAAGGGAUUCCGGCUUCUGCUCGCCAGCCCCGAUGCAAGCUACAAACUAUUCAGGGGCUUACAGAAUGAUGGGCAUGGACAAGCCAAAAUGUUUGAUGGUCUUGGAGCAGAAGAGAUUACAUUAGAUGAGAUUUUGAGUGAUGAGAAACUCAAGGCAGACAACAACUAUUUCCAGAGCUGUAUAGACUGGAACAGGGAUGUCCUGAAGAGGGAGCUGGGUCUAGACGACCAUGACAUCAUUGACCUGCCCAUCCUUUUCCAUGUAACGGGGGGGAACAGGGCAGUGGCCUACUACCCAGACAUGGUGAACAUGAUUGUGUUGGGAAAGAACCUGGGCAUCCCUAAGCCGUUUGGGCCCAAGGUGGACGGCCGCUGUGCCCUGGAGGCAGAGAUGACCUCCCUCAUGGGGGGCCUGGGACUCAGCUGCACAUACAUUGAUGACUUUGCCUCCUACCACAAAAGGCAGGGAGAGGUUCACUGUGGCUCCAAUGUCCGCAGGGAACCGUUCUCCUUCAAGUGGUGGAACCUGGAGAUGUGAAGGAUUUGGGGGGAAGGAACGGUUGUAGUUAGAAAGAGGGAA